AUGGAAAUGGAAAAUGCGACCGUAAAUGUGACAGAUCGUGUGUGUCGGGAAUCGGUAACAGCUGAUCGCGGUGAGGCAACUGUGAGACUUUCAAAGUGUUAUAUCUGUGGUGAUCGUUUCACUUCCGUGCAGGAGCUCGACCAACAUUUGGACGAUCGGCAUGCGUCCGAUCUGAUGCCGUACUGGUGCGACAUUUGUGACUUUGAUCGAUGCUUUCCGAUCCGUUCGAUGCGUGCUAUUAAUAAACACGUUGCCCUGCAUGAUGUCCACGAGCGGAUGCAUAAGUGCAGCUACUGUGCGCUACGGUUUCGCACCGGACGCAAUCUCCAGUCACACGUCCGGCUGUACCAUCGGGGUGGUGCACAUAAUGUGAAGGGCGAACAGAAAUGUUUGCAGAGUGCUCCAUCGACCCGUCAGAACCUACCGGUGACACCGGCAGACCGUUCCGGUAAGGUUCGAUUCCAGUGCUGUCACUGUGGUAACACCUACACCACCGGCAAUGCGUUGAAACGGCACGAAAACACACACACGCUCGGGGUGCGGUAUGCGUGCCAGCAGUGUGGCAAAGUGUUUGCCAAACUGGACUGUCUCACGCAACACGAGCGCAUCCACAGCCAAACGCGCCCGUACGCCUGCGACCAGUGUCCGAAAACGUUCAUUCAGCUGGCCCAUCUACGCAUUCACAAGCGUGCCCGGCACAGUGGCGAACGGCCCCAUUUGUGUGGGAUAUGCAACCGGGGGUUUAGAUGUCGAACGGCACUGACCGUGCACGGGCGCAUUCACACGGGUGAGAAACCGUUCCGGUGUGCGAUCUGUUCGAUGCAGUUUAGCGAUGCGGGCACGCUGAGAAAGCAUGGUGCGGUGCAUCGGGAAAAGAAGUCACCGAAAGGUGAACCUUCCAAGGGGUAG